GUUGGACUUGGUGUCUAUCCAGUAUGGCUGUUAAGGAUUUUCAUCGAAAUGGAUGUGCUAGAUGGAUUUUUUUCUCCCCACCGCAGUGGCGAGUAUUGCUUUUCAUCCUGUGCAAUUUUCAUUUCGCCAUCUCUCAAAUCCGGUACUCCAUCCCUGAAGAAAUGAGUAAGGGCUCGCUAAUUGGUAACGUAGCACAGGAUCUGGGGCUGGAUUUAAAAAGGCUUCGAUCGGGUCGAGCGCGUAUCGUGACGGGAGAAAGCGCUCAGUACGCGGAGCUGAAAACAGACAAAGGGAUUCUAGUCGUGAGUGAGAGAAUAGACCGAGAGCAGCUUUGCGGCGACGUCACACCAUGCAGCUUCAGCUUCGAGAUCAUUCUAGAGAACCCAAUCGAACUGCAUCAGGUAACUGUUGAAAUCAUAGAUGUAAACGAUAAUUCCCCUGCAUUCGAGAAAAACAAAAUGAAUUUUGAAAUAAGCGAAUCUGCGACUCCUGGGUCACGCUUUGCAUUAGAGAGCGCGCAUGAUGCUGAUGUUGAAUUAAAUUCGUUGCAAAAUUAUAUUCUCACAAGGAACAAUUAUUUCGUCUUAAAACAGCAAUCUAAUCCCGAUGGAAGUAGGUAUGUCGAAAUGGUGCUUGAUAAAGCGUUAGACAGGGAGGAGCAUCCUCAUUUAUCUCUGAAGCUGAUUGCUGUAGAUGGUGGAAACCCGCAGAGGUCUGGCUCUGUUAAUAUAGAUGUUACUGUUUUAGAUGUUAAUGACAAUGCUCCUGUGUUUAACCAGACAGUUUAUAGGGCAUCUGUUACGGAGAAUGCACCAAAGGGCACUUACAUUACUACUGUUAAUGCCACCGAUGCAGAUAGUGGAUCAAACGGACAUAUCACGUUGUCCUUCUCCGAUCUGAAAGAGCAGUCGAGAGGUAUUUUUAACAUCGACGAAAACACCGGCUUGGUGUCUGUUUUAGGAAACAUUGACUUUGAGAAGGACAAACGUUUUGAAAUCAGAGUUAAAGCAACAGACCAAGGGGGUCUGACGAGUACAAGUAAGCUCAUAAUCGAAGUAGUGGAUGUGAAUGAUAAUGCGCCGGUAAUUACCCUCAUGUCUCUCUCGAGUCCCGUGUCAGAGGAUGCGCCACCAGGCACAACAAUAGCAGUGGUUAACAUUAAAGACUCCGACUCUGGGAGAAAUGGUCAGGUUUCGUGUUUCAUUAAUGAAAACAUCCCAUUCAAAAUCAAAUCAUCCCUCUCUAACUAUUAUAAUUUGAUCACAGAUGCCUUUCUUGAUCGUGAAACUCAGUCACAGUUUAAUAUAACAGUGACUGCAACCGAUUCGGGUUCACCUGCGCUCUCGAGCUCUAAAACAGUUAGCCUCAAAGUUUCUGACAUUAACGAUAAUGCGCCAAUUUUUGAUCAAAAAAGCUAUUCAGCACAGCUUAUUGAAAAUAAUACUCCCGGAUUGUCUAUAUGUAGUGUUACUGCGAGAGAUUUAGAUUGGAAUCAAAACUCCCGAGUGUCUUAUUAUUUAGAGGAUGCGCAUAUUAGCGGAGUUCCGAUUUCCUCUUACGUGUCUAUAAACGCUGAGAAUGGCGUGUUGCACGCAGUUCGUUCGUUUGAUUAUGAGCAAGUUAAACAGUUUAGUUUUAUUGUAAAAGCGCAGGACGGAGGCUCUCCUCCUCUCAGCAGCAACGUGAGCGUCAAAAUCUUGAUUCAGGACCAGAAUGACAACGCGCCUCAGAUUCUGUAUCCGGUCCAGUCAGGCGCUUCUGUGGUGGCUGAAAUAGUGCCUCGUUCGGCAGAUGUGGGUUAUCUGGUGACUAAAGUGGUGGCUGUUGAUGUGGACUCUGGACAGAACGCCUGGCUCUCCUAUAAACUGCACAAAGCCACAGACAGGGCGCUGUUUGAAGUGGGCGCACAGAAUGGAGAAAUCAGAACUGUCCGGCAAGUGACAGAUAAAGAUGCUGUCAAACAAAGACUCACUGUUGUAGUGGAGGACAACGGGCAGCCCUCUCGAUCAGCUACAGUCAAUGUUAACGUGGCGGUGGCGGACAGCUUCCCUGAGGUGCUCUCGGAGUUCACCGACUUUACGCACGACAAGGAAUACAACGACAACCUGACUUUCUAUCUCGUCUUGGCUUUGGCUGUAGUGUCGUUUCUCUUUAUCGUGUCCAUCAUCGCCAUACUGUCAGUCAAAUGCUACAGAUGGAGACGCGAGCGGAUGUUUUAUAAGUCUGGAGCGAAUCUCCCGGUUAUUCCGUAUUAUCCGCCUCUUUACGCAGAUGUAGGAGGCACAGGAACUUUACAGCACGUGUACAAUUAUGAGGUUUGCAGAACCACUGACUCCAGAAAGAGUGAUGUGAAAUACGGCAGAGCUUGCAGUGAGAGCAUCAUUAGUCUGGACACCAGUGGAACACAGACACUCACGCACGCGCAAAGGGGAAACCUGGUCAGUGGAGAUUUUGAUGAUCAGCAAAAACCACCCAGUGCAGACUGGCGUUUCACCCAGAAUCAGAGGCCUGGGCCCAGCGGAGCUGCUGCCACUCCUGAGGUUGCCGUGGGAACCGGACCCUGGCCCAAUCCUCCCACCGAAGCCGAGCAACUGCAGGCGCUGAUGGCCGCUGCUAAUGAAGUCAGCGAGGCCACCAACUUUCUGGCUCCAGGCACCAUGGAUCUGAGCACCCGCUACGGCCCUCAGUUCACCCUGCAGCACGUGCCUGAUUACCGGCAGAACGUGUACAUCCCGGGCAGCACCGCCACUCUGACCUCCAACCAGCAGCAGCCCCAGCAAGCCCUGCCUCCACCGCAGGCCUCCGCCGCCAUCGCCGUCGCCCAGCCAGAGCCACCUAAAGCCGCCCAAACCCCCGCCAGCAAGAAGAAAGCCACCAAGAAGGAGAAAAAGUAGAGCGUUUACGGUAUGAAGCAUAGGGGGGGUUACGUUAGCAUAGCUGGACCACUCAAUCCUGCGCUGGAAGAUCUGUAACUAUUUAGAGAGAGAGAGAAAUACAUUAACACGUCACUUUCACAUACAAAUACUGAUUUGUUUUUGGCAAAACAACAUUCGAUUUUCAUGUUUUCUCUCGCAUUCGCCAAGUUUAUGCGACGCUAUAUUCCUGCAUAUAUAUGUAUCUAGCCAAUAAUGUAUUUACCGUGAUCAUCUGGACAGGAGGAGAUGUGUUAUUAUAACUACAACAAUCAUGCUAUUGAUUAUAUGAAGACAUUGCUGUAUUUCCUGAUGUGCCCAGUAGGAUGUCGCGAUGUUUGUAAAGCGCAUCUAGAGUUUUCUUUCUGUUAUCGUUCGCUGAAAUACCACUAUUGACUUAUUUUCGAUGUAGAUGCGAGUCGGGUGAUUAUUGCUGCAUGCCAUUUUUGUUUUUUUGCGCUAUCGAUAAUCACCUGACGUAUACAAACACCCGUCCACAAGUCACAAAGCAGUUACGAGCAUCCACUUUUAUUGUGUUUUCCUUUUAACAACCUGAGAAUGAAACCCCCUGUGUAUCUCUGAGCCAGAUUUCGGUCGUUUUUUUAUGUUCGUUGAAUGUUUUUGAAGCAUUAAGUGAUGUCCGAGCCAUUACAUGAUCGUUUAAGCGUCCAUUAUCUUUAUCGUCCUUAGAAUUCAGUAUUUCUGGGUUAUUCUAGAAGUGUUUAUCAGAGUUUACUUUGACAGCAAAAUUUCCUGACAUUGUGAGUUAGGCUGAAAUGAGUUGGCUUUACAACUCAGGCCGUGUCCACACAAAUGCAGUUUUCCUCUCUUUCGAACCAACAAGGGACGAUAAUUGCAUUUUUAUGUCGUUUUCACACCAAAUGGGGACGCAUUUAGGCAAGGCAAGUUUAUUUAAAUAGCACAUUUCAUACAAGUAUAAAUAAAAUAAAUAAUAUAAAAACAGCGAC